CUCUGUUAUGCAAAUAUCGAUGUUAUUCGUGAGAUUCUAUUAUAAAAAAAUUGAUUACUUUUAUUUUGCGUAAGUCAGAUCAGGUGCGGAAAUUGCAUUGUAUAGAACUAUGAGAACUGAUUUGAUUCAUUCAUUUACCCAGAUAUCGGGAAUUUAAUGGUUUUACAAAGAAAAUAACAAUCGUAGCCCGGAAGACAGUCGCAGAUAUUCCUGCGGGAACCUUUACAGUUCCAUGAGAAGAUCUUCGAUGUGUCCAACUAGAAUAACCGAAAUACCCGUAGAAAAUAUGGUCAAUCAGACGAAAUUAGAAACUUUAGAAUGGCAAUUAAAAGAAAUUCAAAAAAGUCGCGAAAUGUACAGGGCCGUGAUGAAACAAAUCGUAACGUAUUUGGAAAAGGCUCAUCACAGUCUGGAAUUGCUGGGCAGCAGGAUUAACCGCAGGAAUUCCGUGCAUAGGUCGCGAAGCGAGUAUCAAAUGGAAUCGACCAGAUUCAGCGAUCUUUCGACGUUGUCUUUGGGUAAUCAAAGUCACAGCAGAACGUUGGACGAACAUAAAAUCAAAGAUCUUCAAUGGCAACAAUCUAAACCCGAAGAACCGUCCCCCGAAGAAUUUCCCCCGGAAAAACUGGCCCAAGAAGCAUUCAGGCUCCUCCGAACCGCUCAAUCACUGUUGAACACUCGAGAGCCUGAUCUCGCCCAGAUGCCACCCUGCGAACCCGUCAACGACAUCGAAUUCCUGCAACAGCUCGCCAAAGAGUUCCCGCCGCCCGAAAACAAGCCCCAACGAGCCACGUCUUUCUCUCUUAGCCCCAAACUCAUCACUCCCGAGACCGACAACAAGAUUGCUACAGCGUUUAACAGGAAACUGUCAUUGCAACUGAGUGACGUAAGAAGGACGUCACGGUCUUUCAGGAACGUCGAUUCUGCUAGAUGUUCGGUGGCUGAAAGCGACACGGAUGUAGGUAACGAUGUCGGAGUGUUUUGUUCUGGAGUCAAAACGAAAUCCGAAAAAUCAAAUUCGCCUAAAAAUGGAAGCAUCAGUUCUGUAGAGGAUGAAAGCGGAUUUUCCUCCAUGAACUCGUUUCAGGAAAUUGGAUUGCCACUAGUGAAUUCGACGAUGACAGAAGAGGUAUCUACAAAAACCGCCCUUCUACGCAGCAUGCUUCACAACAACUCCAAUUACAACUCCCUCAAUUUUUCUCUGGAUCAAGAUUCGUUCACGGACUCGUUAAGCAAUUCGAGUUGCAGAAACUCCCCGAAAGAAGAGCGCAAACCGACGAUAGACAACAUAAGGCUGUGGCAGAAACCUGGAAAUGUAGCACCAUCGAUGCCGCCUCUGCUACCUCCACCACCGCAGCAUAAAAGAUGGAGUUCGACACCCAUUAAAGAAGCGGAAAGUCAGAAUUUUAAAGUUCUUUGGGUAUAAGUGCAGUAUUGUUGACGGAAGGAUGUUUAAUAUAUUUUGUAAGCCGAUUUUUUUUCUAUACAGAAGCCAUUUUUUAUCGAAAAAAAAAAUUAUAUACUUGAAUUUUGUUAACGUCAUAUAUCUAACGAUUAUUGGUAUUUGACAGAUUCAUUGUCUUGUAUAUCAUUGCUAAAAAGCAUACUUGUUGCCAAUAAACUUGACAGAAACAACACUAAAACACACAAAAAAGAAUUAAAUAAACAAAAUUGUCCAGUUUGUGGCAAUAUUGCUUUCCAGCAUCGAUAUGGCAGGUCUGCUGUUGUAUGUCAUAUUAAACUGACAUCUGACAAAUUGACAGUUUCGUUGUCAUUUGUCAUAGUUGACAAAUGACAGCAGUUAAAUAAAUGUAAAAUUGGCAGCGUAAAAAAUUGAUACUUUUUUCAAAGCCGUAACUAAAAAUCUAUAUAUUUUGUUUUUUUUUUU